AGGGAAUAUGGGCGAAUCGGCUUUGAAAGCACACAUGGCAGGGUCGAAGCACUCUUCAUUAGUUGAAGAGAAAACCAAGACCGUUGCGAUAAAAGAGUUUUUCAGUCCCAUGAACUUACCUAAUCAAACUUCUUCAACCUCAAAUGCUGCAGGUGUAUGCAAGCCAGCUACAGAAGCAAGUGGUAGUUUGAAUUUGUUUACCACUGGGAAAGACGUUCUGGAUGCAGAAAUUUUGUGGACUUUAAAGUGUAUUUGUAAUAACUAUUCGUACAAGUCUUGUGAGGAUUCAUCUCAACUUUUUGCUAGAAUGUUUCCAGACAGUUUAGUCGCACGACAGUUCUCUUGCGGUGAAAAGAAAGUGGCAUAUUUGUGUCAUUUUGGUUUGGCUCCCCAUUUCCAGACACUUUUAUUCAAAUCUUUUCAGGACACUAGUCACUAUGUCUUGCUGUUUGACGAAACACUGAAUAAAAGCACCCAGCAAAAACAAAUGGACAUCCAUAUUAGAUUCUGGCAUACUGACAAUUCAGUGAGAACACGUUAUGUUACUUCAGCUUUCAUUGGUCAUGCCACAGCUGAUGAUUUACUGAAGGCGUUUUACAAAUGUACAGAGAAGCUUGAUUUAUCAAAAUUGAUUCAGGUAUCAAUGGAUGGACCAUCAGUUAAUUGGAAGUUUUUCAAACUGUUGCAGGAAAACAUGAGAAAAGAGUUUAAUUUUGAGUGCAUUGAUGUUGGUUCUUGUGGGCUUCACACUUUGAAUAAUUCAUUCAAAAAGGGCGAAUCUGCAACAGAGUGGGGUAUUUCAUCUGUUCUGACAUCUCUUUACUCUUUGUUCAAAGAUGCCCCAGCACGAAGGGAUGACUUUGAAAAAUUAUCCACAACACAUAAAAUGCCAGUCAAAUUUUGCAGCUGCCGCUGGUUGGAAAAUGUUCCAUCAGCUGAACGGGCAUUAGAAGUUUGGAAUGAUGUAACAGAGUAUGUGGGAAAAGUUGAAAAAGGUGUACUUUCAAAAGUGACAUGCAAGUCCUUCGGUGUUGUCGCUGGAGUAACACAAGAUAACCUGAUGACUGUGAAGCUCAAUUUUUUUCUCUCCGUGGCAAAAGUUCUAAAGCCAUUUUUGGAAAAAUACCAGAGUGACAAACCAUUGUUACCCUUCUUCGCACAGGAUGUUCUUCAACUUGUAAAAAAGUGUGUUCAACUGUACAAAGUCUUGAAACCUGCUCAUUUUGAUCGUAUUUCUAGUGUUGAAAAAUUGAGCAAGUUUGAUUUUUCAAGCAAAAGUUUCCAUGCUUCAGCAAGUGAUGUUAGUGUAGGGUUUGUUGGAGAUAAACUUCUGAAAGAGAAACUCUUUAAACAACAGGUAACUGAAAAGCAAGUAGUGGUUCUAAAGUAUGAGUGCCAAAAGUUUGUUUUGACUAUGUUGGAGAGUUUGAUGGCUAAGUGUCCUGUAAAUUAUUCACUUGUGAGGAAUGCAGCCUGUAUUGAUCCAUCGCAAAUGGCAAGAGAUUCUGCUAGCUGUAGUCGUAAAAUGAAGUGUGUUCUUACAUAUUUUGUACAAAAGAAAGCGAUUGCAGCAGAGGAUUGUGAUGAUAUUUUAAUACAGUUCAAUGACUUCCUAGAGAAUGUUGUUGGACCAUCAUCAUCAGAGUUCCUGAACUAUGAUAGGAAUGAAGGUCUUGACAGCUUCCUUAGUGGCUAUUUUUUAAGAACAGCAUAUGGAAAGGUAUGGAAUGUCAUUAAAAUGUUGCUAAUUCUCUCACAUGGACAAGCAUCAGUGGAAAGAGGUUUUUCCAUCAACAAAGCCUUAGAAGUUGAAAAUCUGAAGGAAUCGUCUUAUGUAGCCUGCCGCACUGUACAUGACUACAUCACUUACUGUGGUACCAUACAUGACAUACCUAUUACCAAAGAAUUGAGGGCGUCUGCAUCAUCUGCCCGAAUGAAAUAUAUGCAGCAUUUGGAGGAGGAACGUGCCAAGAAAAUUGCUGCCAGUGCACAGGAGAAGAGAAAGGAAAUGUUUGAUGAAAUUGAAGUUUUGAAAAAGUGGAGGGUUCUUUUGGAGAAGGAAAUUGACACAUCUGAAACAUCAGUUAAUAAUCUUUCACAAAAAGCAGAAACUUCCAGAAAUAUUGAACUGUUUAUCAAGUGCAAUGCUGUUAGGAAAGAAAUCUCUGUAAAGAAGCAGGAGCUGAGUGAUCUCAAAACUAAAAUUAGUGACUUGCAAAAUCUGACUAAAUAGACCUGGUUUCAAACUAAUUUCAUAUAAAGUACUUGACUAUUGAUUCACACUAGUGCCGUCUUAUCAUGGAGCUACGAACACUUUGGUGAAAACUGUUAAAUGUGUAAAUGUUGUAUUAUAAUUUUUUUACUAUCAAGUCGAUCAACAUAUAAGAAAGUUUGUGUUCGCAAAGUAUUUUUAAAUUGGUAAGUUCAAGGCGUUUGUUUAGGCCUAUUUUAAACUGCAUGACUAUGUAUAAUUAGUACUUACACCACUUGAUUUCUUUGUUAUAUUAAUACAUUUUUUGCCAACGUGCAGAAUAUUCUUGUUUUAAAACUUGUCAUCAAUGCUAAAAGGUCCUUAAAAAAACUAUAAUCAAGUCCUUAGAAGUCCUUAAAAGUCCUUAUUUUUUAAUGACCUAAGAGAGUACGAACCAUG